UCUUUUUCAUUUGCAAGUGUUCGUUCGUUCGGUGUAGAGUGCAACAAAACCAUCCUUAACCAUGUCUCCAGGUCCCAUUAUUGACGCAACCACCGAAGAAACCGACCAACAACUCCCCUCCGUCGAGGAAACAACCUUCAACAAGAAACCUCUUCCUCAGGAAGAAGACGAUGUUCCUAUUGUUGAAGACGACGAAUCUGACGAUGAAGAUGACGAUGAUGACAAAGAAGACACAGCUCAAGGUGGAACUGAAGGUUCAAAGCAAAGCAGAAGUGAGAAGAAGAGUCGAAAAGCAAUGUUGAAGCUUGGACUAAAACCUAUUGAUGGUGUUAGUAGGGUAACAAUCAAGAGAACAAAAAACAUUAUGUUUUUCAUCUCAAAACCUGAUGUCUUCAAGAGUCCGAAUUCCGAGACUUAUGUUAUAUUUGGUGAGGCAAAAAUAGAGGACCUGAGCUCUCAGUUGCAGACGCAAGCUGCUCAACAGUUCAGGAUGCCGGAUAUGGGAUCUAUCAUGGCAAAACAAGAACAAGAUGCUGCAGCUGAUGUAGCACAGCCUGAAGAGGAAGAGGAGAUUGAUGAAACCGGUGUGGAAGCCCACGACAUUGAUCUUGUAAUGACACAGGCAGGAGUGUCAAGGAGCAAAGCUGUCAAGGCUCUCAAGACUCAUAAUGGAGACAUUGUUGGUGCCAUCAUGGAACUAACUAACUAACUAACUAAUUAAUUUUGCUUUAUGCUUUAUUUGUAUUUGUUUUAUAAGGAUGAUUUUGGAACUAGUUCCAUCCUUAAGAGAGUGUAGUCAAAUCAUAUCUAUGGUACAUAUGAUUUGGUUUACCUUAAAAUUUUUGUUGUAAGACAUGAUCAAUGAUCACAUUCUUUUGUUGUUAUAUUAUAUAUGAGUUCUAUUUUGU